AUGGCGGGCACAAAUGUCAGCCCCAUAGUACCAGAAAACCAAACAAAAUUCACUGAAUUUAUCCUCCUCCGAUUUUCUGAAAAACCAGAACAGCAGGGACCUGUUUUUGGGCUGUUCUUAGGUAUGUACUUGGUCACAGUGAUUGGAAACCUGCUCAUAAUUUUGGCCAUUGGCUCUGACUCUCACCUCCACACCCCUAUGUACUUUUUCCUUUCUAAUUUAUCCUUUGUAGAUCUCUGUGUGGUAUCAACCACAGUCCCCAAUAUGUUGGUAAGCAUCUUGACAGAAAACAAGGCUAUCAGCUUUGCUGAUUGUCUUGCUCAGAUGUGUUUCUUUAUGGUUUUUGGGGGUUUGGACAAUUUCCUCCUCACUGCAAUGGCCUAUGACCGUUUUGUGGCUAUCUGUCAUCCUCUUCGCUAUUCAGUCAUCAUGAACCCUAGGUUGUGUGGCCUGCUGGUGCUGCUUUCCUGGAUAAUGAGCCUUCUAGAUUCUCUUCUUCACACUCUGAUGAUAACACGGCUCUCCUUCUGUAUGGAUCAUGUAAUUCACCACUUCUUUUGUGAUCUUACUGAGAUUCUGAAACUCUCUUGUUCUGACACCUUUAUCAAUUAUAUCUUGAUUUACAUUUUAGCUGGACUAUUGGCUAUUCUCCCCAUCACAGGGAUCCUUUUCUCUUAUAUCCAGAUCUGUUCUUCCAUUUUGAAAAUCCCAUCUGUUCAGGGCAAGUAUAAAGCCUUUUCAACCUGUGGAUCUCACCUCUCUGUUGUUUCCUUAUUCUAUGGCACAGGACUUGGAGUGUAUUUCAGUUCCUCAUUUACCCAUUCAUCCUGGAAGAGCACCGUUGCCUCAGCAAUGUAUUCUGUGGUUACCCCCAUGUUGAAUCCAUUCAUCUAUACACUAAGGAAUAAGGACAUAAAAGAUGCCCUUAGAAAACUAAUUAGCAGGAUAGUUUCUUCUCGUUUAAGUGACUUGCCCAGCUAG